UUUAGCUUUGUGACUUUAUCAUUAUCACUCUCUUUCUUCCCAUCUCAUUCUUCAGAUUCUUCCAUUUCCACAAAAAUCCUGUAAAACAAUCUAGUCUCAAUCUUUCUUCAUUUGUUUCAAUAUGGGGAUGUUAUCAACUAUCUGUCAAGUAUUGGUUGCAGGAAUUGCAGCAAGAUUUCUUUACAAGAAUUGGUUCAGUCCAAAAACUGAAGAUUCUGGGUCAUCAACAGUUUCAUCAGAUCAUAACUAUGGUACUACUAUCUCCUCCGCUGCUGUUAGUGUUUCAACUUUGGCUCAUGAUCUUCUUAUCUUUGAGAUCACUUCUCAGGUUCCUGAAAAACUUCGUGAGAAUGUUGCAUCUUCAAAGCAAGUUCAAGCUAAUUGGUACAAGAAACUAUUGCAGGCAUGGAGAGAAGCAAAUCCAACACCCAAAACACCUGGACAAGUAUCUAGGCUUGUCAUUCUAACCUUGCAUCCGCACGGAGUCACCGAAGUAGAGGGUCUAUUGAGAUUCUAUGGUCUUCCGAGUCUGCUUGAGCCUUGGGUUAGAAUUCAUGAAGCAGCAACUGUCACUCCUCCAUCUCGACCUGAAGGAGUGAAAUUCGAAUUAAAUACUUGUCGGGUGGAUGCUUAUGCUGUUGCUGAUGGAGACGGCUUAACUGUUUAUGUUGAUGUCGCGGACCCAACGGAAGCCACCCUGAGUGUGCCUGAGGAUGUUCGAGUGGCAGUAUCAGAACGAUCAAAAGCACGUGCAUCCAAAGAUAAGCCAAAGGCAAAAGCACUGCAUAAGACCAUUAACGAUGCUGGUUACAGAGUCGUACUUGGUCCAAACAAAAAGGAAAUUCUUGCCAGAAAGUACCGGAUUCGGUUGAGGGGCAUUGAUGCACCAGAGAACAAACAGCCCUUUGGAAAAGAGGCGAAGAAAGAACUUACUAAGCUUCUUAAAGGCAAUUGUGUGAUUGUUCAGGUGUACGGGGAGGACAAAUAUAAUCGACUUGUAGGAGACGUUUAUUGCAAUGGACAAUUUGCACAGGAAGUAAUGCUCAAGAAAGGGCUCGCUUGGCAUUAUGCAGCUUUUGACAAACGCCCUGAACUCAGAAAGUGGGCUAAGGAGGCUAAAGCUGCUGGGAUCGGGUUAUGGGCAGAUUCAGAUCCUGAAGAGCCAUGGAAAUGGAGAAAAAAUAACCCCACUCCAUAUGUAUAGGUUAGGUUGUCUGGCUAAGCAACCAAAUGGAAAGGAAGUUGCCAAUGCUUUCGCCUUUGUAUAUUAGCAGAAAACCUUGAGGUAAGUGAUAGUGUAUCUUAGAGACAGUACUUACCAUCACAAGUCAUCCAAAUCUUCUUUCUACUAGCAGUUUAGAGGAUUUGCUGUGCAUAUGUAUGUUUUUUUAUCUGUUUAUUAGUACUGGACUCUUUGAAUUUUGAUAUACAGCUGAUCUGUAUAAUUGUAUCGCGUCAGUGAUGCAUGUAUGUCUAAAAUGGUUGCAGUAGAGACUAGAGAUUCAUGUCUUCA